UCACUCUGUCCUUUGUCCUUCACUAGCGAACAGGUGAGCAUCAAUUACAUCAAAUGCACCGCAAUGGCUCCCAGCACUGUUGCUAAUGUUUCUCCGCUGACGCAAGAUCCACCCGUGAAACAGCUUGUCCAGGAGAUGAACCAGCGACCAUUCCGGUUCAAACCUACCACUGCCUUUUACAUCUUCCUCGCCGCCAAUACUCUUGCCGCCCUUUUCUCGCCCAUUCAAGAUUGCGAUGAGGUCUUCAAUUAUUGGGAACCAACACAUUAUCUCAAUCAUGGAUCUGGCCUGCAGACGUGGGAGUAUUCUCCCGACUAUGCCAUAAGAAGUUGGGCAUACACUGGCAUUCAUGCUUCCAUCACCGCCCUUGCCCGUCUGAUCUCAUUGGAUGGCAGCAAACUAUUCGAGUUUUAUGGCCUCCGAUGUGUAUUGGGCCUUGUUUGUGCUCUUUGCGAAAGCAAACUCUACUAUACCAUAGCCAAGACAAUCAAUCCGCGAGCAGCAGUCUACUUCCUCAUGAUAUUAGUCUUCAGUCCCGGAAUGUACCAUGCGUCGCCUGCCUAUUUGCCGUCCACUUUCGCCAUGUACACUACCAUGCUGGGUGCCUCUGCAUUUCUAGAUUGGCGAGGAGGCAUUAAGACGGCUCGAGGCAUUAUGUGGUUCGCCGCCGGUAGCUUGCUAGGGUGGCCAUUUGCGGGGGCUCUCGUUCUGCCUUUUAUUGCAGAGGAAGUUAUCAUGGCUUUCUUCAGUGGUUCCGUGUUCGAGACUGCGUGGCGUUUUGUUGAUGGUGGUAUAAGAUCUGUUGGUAUAUUGGCAUUCCAAGUGGCCGUUGACACGUUCUUCUACAGGACGCUCGUAUGCGUUCCCAUGAACAUUGUCCUCUACAAUGUCUUCAGUGGCGGUAGCAGAGGUCCUAAUAUCUAUGGGGUUGAGCCAUGGCAUUUCUACGUUCGUAACCUGACCCUCAACUUUAACAUAUGGUUCUGGCUUGCUGCCGUCGCUCUUCCGCUAGUCCUUCUGCAGUAUCUUUUCAUCGACAAAGUAUCCCCAAAGCAGACGCUCCUGCGCAGCGUCGUGUCCAUUAGCCCGUUUUAUCUUUGGCUUGGAAUCUUUACCUUGCAACCACACAAGGAAGAACGUUUCAUGUAUCCAGCGUAUCCACUCCUAGCUUUCAACGCCGCUUUGAGCUUGCAUAUUCUGCUCGGUAAUUUCGGAAAAUCUCCACCAGGAACUCUGCGUAGCCAAAUAUCCCCGGAGUUCAAGCUUGCCGUGGUCAGUCUCGUUAUAUUGGGAAGUUUCAACUUGGGAGCCCUCCGCACGAUCGGCACUAUGACCGCUUACUCCGCUCCAUUGAACGUAUAUAAACCGCUUCAAAAAAGCGGUGUCGUCAAGGCAGGCGAUAAUGUUUGUUUGGGCAAGGAAUGGUACCGAUUCCCGUCUUCUUAUUUUCUGCCUGACCAAAGUCGUGCAAGAUUUGUCAAAAGCGAAUUCACUGGUCUCUUACCUGGCUCUUUUAGCGAGGCAAAUGAAGGUUCUGGUUAUUACCCAGGCACGUGGAUGAUACCUUCUGGAAUGAAUGACGAGAAUAAGGAAGACCCAGAAAAAUACAUUAAUAUCACCCAAUGCCAAUUCCUGAUUGACUCGAAGCUUCCCAGUGCCCCGGCCACCUCGUUAGAACCAGACUACAUUUACGAUACGAAGACCUGGGAAAAACUGUCUUGCAGCCCCUUCAUGGAUGCAGGUGCAACGCCGCUUCUUGGUCGUAUCCUAUGGGUUCCAGAAUGGUCGUUGAUCCCAGCCAAGCACAGGCGGGUAUGGGGUGAAUACUGUCUUUUGCGUCGCAAAGCUUGA